CCGGACACCUUUCGUUCAUCAACAGCUGGGACGUAGUCCGUCGCACAGAGAAAUACAGCUCCAGAUGAUUCGUUGCUGGAGAGGCAGCGUAAUCCUCCCUCUACUGAACUCUUCCUUUCCCUCCUGCUUCCUCUUUUCCCACUCUACCUCCACCAGCGAUGCUUCCCUGCUGCGCCUUCCUGUCACGCUACACCCACCAUCAUCUGGUCGCCUUCCUCCUCACCUUCUUUAGCUAUGUCUUGCUGCAUGCUUCACGUAAGACUUUCAGCAAUGUGAAAGUAAGCAUCUCUGCACAGUGGACCCCUUCAGUGCAGAAUGGCAGCUCUCCUGCUUUUUCCCCCAGAGAGACAUGGGAAGAGAAUCGGCUGUUUGCAGAUGCUGAGGAGGCCACACUCUUUUUGGGUGCCCUGGAUACCAUAUUUCUCUUCUCUUACGCUGUGGGUUUGUACAUUAGUGGCGUCAUAGGUGACCGUCUGAACCUUCGUUAUGUUCUCUCCUUUGGGCUGUGUGGCUCGGCUGUGGCGGAGUUUCUUUUUGGGACUUUGACAGAAUGGCUGCACUUUUACAACAUGUAUUUCUACUGCAGUCUGUGGGUGCUAAACGGCCUGCUGCAGUCUGCAGUUUGGCCCUGUGUGGUUGCCGUCAUGGGAAACUGGUUUGGCAAAUCUGGCCGGGGCUUUAUAUUCGGCUUGUGGAGUGCGUGUGCAUCAGUGGGGAAUAUUCUAGGAGCAUUUUUGGCUUCCAGUGUUCUAAAAUAUGGCUAUGAGUACGCUUUCCUGGUGACGUCAGUGGUGCAGUUUGCAGGUGGCAUAGUCGUGUUCUUUGGUCUGCUCACCUCCCCAAAGGAAGUGGGCCUGUGCGAAGGCCCUGUAACAGGACUAACAACCGUGGAGAGAGACACAGACAGUCACCGACCACUAAUGAGCGACAAUGAAGAGGAUGAGGAUGAAGUCGUGUUUGACGGAGGAUACUACUCCGUACAAAAGCAGGAUGAUGAACCUGAGCCCCAAACCAAAGCCACUGGCUUCUUCAAGGCCUUCUGUCUACCAGGAGUCAUACCUUACUCUCUUGCCUACGCUUGUCUGAAACUGGUAAACUACUCCUUCUUCUUUUGGCUGCCAUUUUAUCUGAGCAACAACUUUGGCUGGAAGGAGGCAGAAGCCGACCGACUGUCUGUGUGGUAUGACGUAGGCGGUAUCGUUGGAGGAACAGUGCAGGGUCUAAUAUCUGAUUUCCUAGGCAAAAGAGCUCCUGUGCUGUGCAUAAGUUUGCUGAUAGCUAUGGGAGCUCUAGUGGGAUACAGUCAAUCUCCAAAUGACCAGAUUGUGAAUGGAGUGCUUUUAGCAACUACAGGUUUCUUCAUAGGUGGUCCGUCUAACAUGAUAAGCUCAGCAAUUUCAGCAGACCUGGGUCGGCAGGAAGCUCUGCAGGGCAGUCAGGAGGCUUUGGCCACUGUCACAGGCAUAGUAGAUGGAACUGGCAGCAUUGGGGCUGCUGGAGGGCAGUACCUGGUAUCACUCAUCGAGAGCAAACUAGGGUGGAUGUGGGUCUUCUAUUUCUUUAUACUCAUGACGGGAUUCAGCAUUGUAUUCAUAAUACCUCUUAUUUUUAAUGAGAUACGCUCCAUGUGCAGAGCAAGGACACACCAGCUGUGAGAACGCAGCUCUGUUUGUCUCCUGUGUCUUCGGAGUUAACGUGAAAACGGUGGAGAGUAUGUCAGUCAAGACACUAGAUUUCUGACUUUCUUCUCAGUUGUUUUUAAAGCUGCUUUUUAUUUACAAUAAUGAUAUUGUUUUAAAUAAUUAGUGCUAGAGUUCAUCAAUGUCACUGGUAUGAAUAUUAAUAUAAUGUCAACGACAUCAGCUGGCAAUGGUGAAAUAUCAUCUGGACAAUCAUAAAAUCUGACUAGACUUGAGCAUGUAUUAUGUACACACAUGCUUAAUGUAGACCAAAUGUAGACCAAUGCAUGUCAAACUGCACAUGUAAUGCAAUCCUUAUAGUUUUUUAAACCAUGUAAAUCAGUGAUUACCAGCCCUACUCGUGGCACCCUAGCCUCACAGUGAAGAACACUAAGUUGAACUGUGUAAAUUCUUCUGUAAUAAGUUAUUACUGUGUAGGUAUCUGUUUUGUUAUCUCAUAGGUUCUAGCCAGGGCUUCUAACCAGUUUAAGGUAUGAAAAGGAACCCAACAUAACUAGAAAUAAAAACACUACCAGAAAUGAAAUCACUUCUAACUAUUUAAUCCAGUGAUUUCUGUUUAUUUAUAUUCCAUUUUUAAGUUAUGGCUCUAGCACUAAUAUUUUAAACAUCAUGUGACGCUUGCCGUUCAUGUAUGCAUUUCUAAUACAACGGUGAGGUGUGAAAUUGGACCGACAUAAAACAGCCAACAAAUAAGGAACCUUUAGAGCAUAUUUUUAAAGUGCCUUUAUUUCAGCCUGUAGUUUGAUCUUAAAGAAAUUUCAGCUUUUUUGCCUUGAAGAUAAUUUCUCUAAAAAUACAAAGAACUUGGCCUAUAGACAUUUAUUUAGCAUAUGCAAUAUUUGCUUAACAAAUACAAAGUGAAAUAAAGAGGUGCGAAGACAGAUCAUUUGGUAAUGUUGAAUUAUGAUUUGCUUUUGAAACACAAUAUAAAUCUUAUUUUUAAAGAUAAGAGAUUUUUUGGCUGCUGUAUGGGCAGGCCAUCUUUAGAUAUACUUUCUGUAGAGUUGCUAAAUUAGUCAAUCAUUCCGUAUUUUACUUUGUUGCCUUUUGAAUAUUGUUCAAGUAUUUUUUUUUUUUUGGUUCCUGGAAUUUGAUACCUGUGACAUUUAUCCAAAACAGUUUUCUUUUAGUUGUAUUUUUAUUUAAUGAAAAAAGUGUAAUGUUAAAAAAAUUUACUUUGUAAAUGUAUGUUUUGUUCAGUUUUGACCACUCAUUUAUUUGCUUCAUAAGUCACCUAGAGGGUUAUAUUCAAUAGGCAGUUGAUAAAUUAAAUUGCCACUAAAUAGCCAUUGUAUAGGUUAAACCUAUAAUAUAAGUCAGAUUACAGAUUGUAGCCGAUAUGUCACUACAGCACAAUUUGCACCUACCGGUCGAACAGGACCUCUGGUGCUCAGGUGUUAUUUGGGUGGUGGACACUCUCAACACAGAUGUGACACUGACAUGGAUAGUUUUUGUUUGUCCAAACCCAUUUGGGAGAUAUUUAAAAAAAAAAAUCUACCUGGUACACUACAUUCCAUCUGAUAUUAAUAAUCACCAACAAAAUUCUAUCAGAGCUAGUUCCAUGGUGGUUUCUUUUCAUUUCUUUCCUAAAGAUGACUAAAUUAAUAUUUAAUUCUGUGAAGCAAAUAUUUAGCAUAAUGUUAUGUUACACACUGAUGUUUACAGUGAUCAAUAUUUGUUUUUUAGGUUUUAAAGUUUUAAAGUUUUUAAAAUCUAAUCACAUUUUUGCAAACCUUUUGUUUAGGUGAAGUGUAUAGUACAUGUUACGUGAUAUUCUGUCUGCUAUCUUACAACCAAACUAUUCAGAUGUAUGCUUACUUGUUCAUGUGAACAUCUUAAACUGUUAAAUACAGGAUGAUGUUAAACACAACGUGCUUAUCACGGAACCUAACUUUUUACUGCACCUUUUUUUUUUUAGUGCAUGCCCUCAGAUCUGUUCCUAUUUAAUGUAACAAAAAUGGAAACACUAUCACACAGUGCAGGUGUGAUUUUGUAAAUCUCAUGGAAAACUGGUGUUACUCUUGUAUUGAUGAAAUGCAUUUUACUGUUUUCUUUUUUAAUGUGAAAGCUUUUAUUUAUUAUGAAUGUUUCACAUUGCACUUCAGAAUGAAAUGCCUAAACAUUUGUAUAGUUUGCUAGAUGUAAUCAUGCUUUUUUCCUUUUCUAUGCCUAUCCUGUUUUAGAUAAAGAAUGCUUUUGAACUCAUGCAAACACUUUGUAUAUACAGUAAAAACUUGCAGAUAAA